CAAAAGAGAUACAGUGACUUUGUAGCGAAAAAAUUAAUGAUUUCAAAUCUACUUAUUUUACUGCACUUAGAGGGUUAUGGAUUUCAGAUGGAUUUUGACAGAUUUAUUACGGGUGUUUAAAUCAAAAGAUUAACAUGAAAAUUAUGGUACCAGUUGAAAUUUUGAUAUUUGCAUUUUAAGAUAACUGAUUGAAGUAUAUAUUUUUAUAAGCUAAUGUAUUCUAAAUGCAUUUAAGAAUGUUAGUGCAUGCCUUAAUGUGUAACAAAAAAUGCGUUAUACCAGUUUCGAUUUGGUUUCAAAUAAGUUGACAGACUAAGAUACGGAAUUUAUGAAUAAAGCUAGAGAUAAAAAACAGUCCAUUAAACUACAAAACGUUGCGCGUAAUCUUGGUAAAAACAACUUUUACUUUCAUUCACUUUUGUAUAAGUACCAUCAAGAUCCUGGUACGUUGUUUAAAUCUCCAUGAUACGCUGGUUGCAGAGGAUGUCAAAAAAUUCAUUAAGAGAUUAACAAACUAGUGAAAUUUAACAUCAAGGGAUGUUAGAAAAUUGUAACGUACAUGGUUACAGAAUUUGAACUAAAUGAAGACUGUUAGAUACUUCUUUUUGUGAAGAGUGUCAGAAAUAAGUAAAGAAUCAAACAUGAAGGACAGUCAAGGGAGUGUAUCAGAAAAGUCUAAGAAAAUGCUGGAAAAUGCCGUAAAGACGUUGGCGACGAUGAAGAAGCUUUCACAAAGGACUGAAGACGAAGCAGAUUUGAUGCGAAUGUAUUAUCUUUCUGAUGGUACCCGUUCCCUGCCCAUCCAUUGUAUCAUUGAACAGACAAAUGGAUCUCCCUCCUUCGACAACUUGUCGGUCGAGAAAUCCAUGCACAGCACAGUAGAGCUUGACAGCUACGCAAUAUUACCAGGAACAACGCUUCUCACAGAAUGUGUACGGGCGGCACUUCUUAAACUUGGCUACAAUUCCACUGAAGCUAUAGGGGCCAAAGGGGCAAUUCAGGUUAAGAACUGGAGACCACUUGACUUUGAGACGAUCACUGAUAACAAAAGUGCUACCAUAGAUGAUAUGCUAGGGGAGCUAACUCAAGUGGCAACACUCAGAAUCAGAAUUUGCAGUGCUACAAAAAUCACCUCGGCGGAAGAAGUGAAGGAGAAACUGUUACAGUUAUUGUUGAGUCAGUCGCAAAGUCUCCUCGUUAAUGCCGGAUGCCCCGUCUUGGAUAAGGGUACUUCUUCUACCAACGGACACACAUUAGCUACGAUCUCGCCCGAGAUGCGACGAGCAUUCGACAGAUGGUACGAGGAACAAUUGAAGUCAUACACAGAAGGAAACGGUGCCGGCCCAGACAACGUCAACUUGACGGCAGCAGCUAAAGAACUUCUCCGCAUGCAGCAGGAGAGAAUCAAAGUUUCCAUGGCAACAAAUUACCAUGAAACAAUCAACAGUCAGGAAAAGAUUCCAAGAUCUCCUCCAGUGAGUCAUAUGAGCCAAAUUUCUCCACCAGUGUCAAGGCCAACAGCAGCGUCCACUCCAAAUGAAGCAUUCUCACAUCCUGCCUAUCAACAUUACCUUCCAGGAAAAACACGCAUGAGGACAUCGUUUGACCCGGAGCAUGAGAUUCCACGACUUCAGCGAUGGUUUAAUGAUAAUCAGCACCCAUCGCGAGAACAAAUGCUUCAAUACUUACACGAAUUGAACUCGCUUGAUUCACGUAAAGGAAGACGCCCGUUAGAUUUGACGAACAUCAUUUACUGGUUCAAGAAUGCAAGAGCAGCACAUCGAAGAGCAACGAAAAAUAGCGGAGAUGACUCUUUUGAGAUAGAGGAAGAAAAAGAACCCUCAGCUAGUACAUUAUCUGAUAAUUACCCUUUCUUGCCUAACCGCAAUGCAGUUUAUAUGGUGCCUUAUCCACACUUUCCAAAUAUGGACUUACACUCUCAUAUGGGACUACUUAGCGCACAAAGUAAAAUAAAUGGACAAGCUGAUGACCGUGAACCUUGUGACCUUUCUAUGAACUCAAGGUCAAGGUCUCCAUCAGAUGAAGGUCAAGUCAAAAUGGUUAAAACUGACAUAGAUAUUAAAAGACAAUCACCAGUUGAAAAAGAGAAAUUUGAAAGUAUGGAGGUCAAAGUUGAAAAGGAAGAACCACAUGUAUCACCUUCAAGGUCAGAUGAAGGCUACAUAGAAAUGGCAGAAAAGUCGCCUCCUAAAAGUCAUUCGCCUCAGGUCAGUGAUAAAUAUGUGCCUGAAAAUGAGACUAACGGUGAAGAUGAAGAAAACGCUUCAACGGAGAUGCCAAAAGACCUAACGGUAGAAAAGCCAAAAGUAUCAGAAAGUACGAAUGAUGAGCAGCAGACAGAUGUGUUAAAGAAUGACAUAAAUGAUGUGUCAGUUAUAAAAACUGUAGAAAAGCCUGAUAGAUAUUCAUCAGAUCAGCCAAAAGAUUUGUCCAAUGGAAAGCGACGUUAUGAGAGUGACGACGAUGAUAUUGAGUCUGAUUACGAUGACGACCGCUCCAUGGACGGAUCAGUUUCUAGUCACGAUGAUAAAAUGUCAAACCUGCGAGAUUCUUACCUCAGUUCUGUAAGGGGGUUGAACUUCAGUGCUGUACCCAAUAGUCCGUCCGGCCAGCCUCUUCACAUCCCGCAGUUCCCCCACCCACUUGCUAUGCAUUACUUCCCUUUGAAUACUCACUUCUACUCUCAGCAAGCUAAUCAAAUGAAGUAUCACAAUCAACACUCUACGCAGCAGACGACGCCAAAAUCAUCUCCCGGUCAAGGUCAGGAAAACAACAAUUCUCAUCGCAAACGGCGUACCAGGGUAUUUAUCGACCCGUUAUCAGAAAUACCCAAGUUAGAGAAAUGGUUUUUAGACGACACGCACCCAUCAUCAUACAUGAUAGACAAAUAUUGUGAAGAACUGAAUAGUUCAGAAUAUAGACAAAAGUUUCCUAAAUUGGAGCCCAAAAAUGUACAAUUAUGGUUCAAAAAUCAUCGUGCUAAAGUGAAGCGUAUGAGAAUCGGAGGUUUUGGCGACCAUCAGAUAUUUUCAUGAGAUUAUGGCAACAUUUUACAGAUUAUUAUAGAUAUACUUUGUUUUAAGCGAGAUUCUAUGUUUAAAUUUGAAAGUUGUGCUUGACUUUAACUGAAAACUUUUCUUAUAUGUCAUUUUUAUUUGAAAUGUUGGGUUUAUCAAUCAAAAUACAUUGUAAUUUUGUAUUUUUGUCAAAUUGUUGCAGAUUUUGGAUAGCGACAUACUUUGAUUUAACUGGGUAAUGGCAAUAUUCUGUUCUAUUUAUGGCAAUCUAUAUUUUUAGUAAUUUCUUUUUAAAAUUAUGCAUUUUUAAUAGAUUAUUAUGCAUAAGUGAACCCUUUCAUACCCUGUUAAGUAAAAUGGUUCAGCCCGUAGUGAAAGAAUAGAACAAUCUAAAUUGAAAAAUUAGGGAUGAAAGGGUUAUGUCUCGGGGUAUUUUAUUUUCUGUCUCAAAAUGUUCUUUGAUGUACUGUAAAACUGCAAUAACUGAACUGUUGGUAGUGGUUUCUUAAAUUCCAUGUGUUGGAUUUAUUAUCAAGUAAGACUUGGAAUAUGUUAAAGCAUAGAUUUUUUACACUCAUUUGUUAAAAUCAUGAAGGCUAUGUUAACAUUACAACCAGUCUGAUGUUAUGAAUCUAAAUUUUCAAACCAGUCUAAUAAUAUGAUGCUUCUGAUUGGUUCAUUCUGAGCUCAGCCCUGAAAUUGACCAAUGGCAAGACUGCAUUUUGAAACUGGCUUCCAAACUCAAAAUUUAUUACCUUGGAAUCUGAAUGCAUAAGUUCCAUUGUUAUGGAAUAAGUUUUAAUGUUGCAAACUAUUAUUGAAUCAGGAAUUUAAUAACUAUGCAAAUUCAUGGAGUGUAUCAUACUAGAAAAUCAAGCAAAGAUGCAUACAAUGGAUGCAGAAAUACAGUUAUUUUAUAGUUUGGAGUGUUAAUUAUUAUACAACAUGUGUAUACAUCUAAAGAGAACACGUGAAAUGUUUGUUCUGUUUGAAAGAUCUCAAAGUUAUUGUAGUUUUACUCUCAAGGAUAAAAUGAAGAAAUAUGUUUAUUUCAGGUAAGCAUACAUUUCUGACAUAGUUUAAAUAAAUUGUGGAAGAGUUGCAUAUAUUUUUAUUUUGUAUAUUUACGGAAAUCAUACGCCUGAAAUAUUCAUAUGUUUUCUUUACCUUGAAAUAUUGUCUCAGAUCAUCAUGUUAAUAUUAACUUCUUCAUUCAUUUUUAAUAUAUUUUGUCAUUUUUUUGUCAUUUUCUGGAAAUAUUUGUUGUUAUUGUGUUAAGUUGACAGACUUGUAAUUACGGUAAUUUAUUUUUGUCAUUGAGUUGUGUAUAAAUAUUUAUUUAUAGAAUCAUGUUUAUAUGAUAUAAUACAAUAAAAAUAGAAUUCGAUACAGAAACAAUUUUUCUUAACAAAAACUUCCUUCGUGAAUUGAUAGUUACGGUUUCCCCAACAUUUAAACUUGAAACAUACUAAUUUUCUUAGACAAAAGGCAGACUUCUUCUAAAAUGCCAGUUUUUCACCCAGUGUUCCAUAUAUUUUACACACUGUCAUAAUUUAUCUUUAGGCAUUGUACCACUAAAUUCAGUUGCAGCUUGCAAAUGGGAAAUUUAUCUGCGACAGUUAAAAAAAAGGGAAAUUUUAUCUGUGGCAGUUAAAAAAGGGAUUUUUUUUUAUCUAUGUCAAUUUUAAAAAAAGGGAAAUUUUAUCUGCGACAGUUAAAAAAGAAAGAUGUUGUAUAUGCAUAGAAAUAUUAAGGAACGAGCAUUAGUUAAACUUUUCCUGUUAAUGAAAGCAACAAAGCUGAGUAUAGUUUGUUUUAAAUACUCCUAAUGGACUAUAUGUUGUAAUAUAAAAAAUUCAUUAUAGAACUUUUAAAUGAAGUGGAAAUAUCUUUGUUUAGGUAAAUUUUAUCAUUCGUUCGAAUGAGUUGAUUGAAUAAUUGAACACAAUAUUCUUAAAUUUACAAAAAAAAAAAUGCCCCCCUUAUUAGCAGUGUUCUUGUACAAACAUUCAGUUUCAUCAUAGACACCCUUAUUUUUAUAAAGGUAAUGUUAGCUCAAAAACUGGUUUCCUACGGAAAUAAGGGAUUAAAUCCCAAAAUAAUGUGACACUCGACAUUCCAGACUAAAAACUAGAUAGAUUAUUUUGAAUCUCAAAGAUUUAUUUUCCGUGUACUCUCAAUUAUUAUUUGACUAAAGUACCAUGUGUUGGUACUGUAUCUUUUAAGACUCAAUUUUGUAUUAUUUUGUUCUGUUUAUUUUUUUGUUAAGGAUUGUUUUUUAAGUAUUAAUGAUAUGUAAUAUUUGUUUAUGUUACUUUGGUAACAAUGAGUUACUGCAAUUUUGUCAUAUUACAUAAUUUCAUUAGCUAUUGUUUCAUUUCUCAUACGGUACUCAUUUUUUUAGCGUAAGAGAGGUUGAGAUUUAAAAACGCAUACAUGUACUCCAGAUUAUAGAAAACCUUGUAGUAAGAAGUUUCCGAAGAAACGAAGAAAACUGGCCAUGAUUUAAAUCAUAUUGCUCAGUACAUUUAAAUCUACGCAUUCUAAACUUAAGGUUUACAUUAAUUUUUACAAGUACAGUUUGAAUGUAUAUAUCUUAUUAUUGAAAAAAAAUCAAUCUUUUGAAUUUUGAGACUCAAAUAUUUACUGAAAUAUACAGUUGAGAUAUACAAAUUCCUGUAUCAGUACAAGUAAGAAUUCUCAACCUUUCUGUUGUCACCUCUGUUGCUAUAGUUACUUGUAUUUUCUCCUAAUUUGCCUGUCAUUUGGUUUGUUCAACAAAAAUGGAUACAAAUUUAUCGUCUAUCAAAUGAUAAAAAGAACACUAUGUACAAUAGUACAUGAUCAUUGUACAUGUUAUAGUACUUGAUUAUAAUUUUGACUGUAUUAAAAAUUUAUAAGUUCAAGGUCAGAGAGGAACUUUAUCAGGUCAAAGGUCAGGUAGACCUUGAAAUUGAUAGAUUUUCCUAGCUUUCCUAGCUAGGUAAGUGUUUUCAAGAGAAAAGUGUGAACUUAAUAUGAGUGCUAUUUUUUGACGGAACACAUGUUUAUAGCUGACAGAUAUAUAAUGUACUGAUUCCAAAUUAAAAUAAAAGUUUUGACUAUUUGAAAGUGAAAUUUACAUGAAUUUUACAAUAAUUUUAACUUUUUUUUUUUCUUUACUAAUACUGUGUUAUGUUAUAAAAGCUUGUUUGGGGAAAAAUUAUUCCAAGAAAUCAAACAAGUAAUUGUAUACCUUAUUCUUCAAUACAUUGCCUGCAAAUCUUUAAUGAACAAUUAUAAUUAUAUAUUAAAAAAAAGAUAAGCGAUGAAGUGAGUUUGUCGGUAUCAGUUUGUUUUUGCAGUUUUCUGUAAGUGUAUUUAUCAUUCAAGACGAUAAGCAGUUUUAUAAUUGAGCCGUGGCAUGAGAAAACCAACAUAGUGGGUUUGCGACCAGCAUGGAUCCAGACCAGCCUGCGCAUCCGCGCAGUCUGGUCAGGAUCCAUGCUGGUCGCUUUCAGAGUCUAUUGCAAUUAGAGAAACCAUUAGCGAACAGCAUUGAUCCUGGCCAGACUGCGCAGGCUGGUCUGGAUCCAUGCUGGUCGCAAACACACUAUGUUGGUUUUCUCACGGCACGUCUCGUAUGGUUUUUAACAUUUAAAUUGAUAAAGUGACCAUAACUAUUUGAUUUGACCUUAUUUUGUUGCCAUGUGUAGCUCUAUUAUUUGAAGGUCAAGGUCACAGUUGCUAUAAUUGUUUUCAUUAAAUGUCCAUCUUUCUCAAUAAGUCAGCAUUUUUCACAUGAAAAAGCCUGUAGAAAAUUUAUUUCUUACAUUCACAUAGCAUUGCCAAAGAAAUUUGAAAUCUAAACAUAAGAAAUUUUCAUUAGAGUAAUAUAAAGUGAAUUAUCCAAUCUUGAUAAUCGGAAAUAAGUUUUUCUUCUCAAAAUGAACUUGUUUGUGAAGAGUAAGGUAAUGUAAAUUAGGAGGGUAUUUUAUAUGUGACUAUUGAAGUUGGAAAUAUAUAUCCAACUUUAUGCUAUUUGCUACCUGUACUACACAGUAUGUUUUGUGUUCAUCUUGUACUACUGCAAUUUUAUUUACAAAAUCCUAAAUUUCCAGAAAUGUCCCAAGCUCUUUAAUAUAUACAGUCACACCUGUGGUAAAGGCCACCUGACACUAACGGCCACAAAUCUUUCAUUUUUGAUUCGAACAUUUGCAGAGAAUUUUAACCUGGGAAUGAAGAAUGCCUACUUAUGAAUGGGACAGUUUUGUUCUCUAAAGUUUGGCCUUUAAAUACAGGUUUGAAUAAAGUAUGGCCUUUAAAUACAGGUUUAAAUAAGGUAUGGCCUUUAAAUACAGGUUUGAAUAAAGUAUGGCCUUUAAAUACAGGUUUAAAUAAGGUAUGGCCUUUAAAUACAGGUUUGAAUAAAGUUUGGCCUUUAAAUACAGGUUUAAAUAAGGUAUGGCCUUUAAAUACAGGUUUGAAUAAAGUAUGGCCUUUAAAUACAGGUUUAAAUAAGGUAUGGCCUUUAAAUACAGGUUUGAAUAAAGUUUGGCCUUUAAAUACAGGUUUGAUUGUGUAUAUCAGCUAAAGGUGUCCCAAAUUUUGUAUCUUUUGAUUUAUAACAAGAUACACAGUGUGAAAAGGCAUCUAAACCCUGCACUGUUUGAUCAUAUGCAUAUCAUCUAAAUUUAUUAUUAUACAGUAAUUUGCAUGUCUUAAUUUUUUACCAUAGUUUUUUUUUUACUUGAAGCUGGAUGUUCACUUGUUUUGUUCAUGAAAAAAAAAAAUGUUUUCAUUUUUUUUUUAUCAAAUUUUACAACUAGUCAUUCUGUUUUCUUUUAUUUAUGUCAUUGUAAGUUUUUUUCUUUCUUUUUGUUGUUUGCAAUAUGACAAAUAGAUAUAAAAUGUACACUUCUUUGUCUCAGCAAUGUAGUUCUUGGUAAUUUUGUUUUAAUUGACAGUAAAAUGUACAGUCAUACCUGUUCAGACAAGUCCGUUAUUUUAGAAUAUCUUCAUCUUUGAAAAAAUAAUUGAUUUUUAAUGGAUAUUUUUAUGCCCCCGAAGGGAGGCAUAUAGUUUUUGAACCGUCUGUCGGUCUGUCGGUCUGUCAGUCUGUCGGUCUGUCGGUCUGUCCGCAAUUUUCGUGUCCGGUCCAUAUCUUUGUUAUCGAUGGAUGGAUUUUCAAAUAACUUGGCAUGAGUGUGUACCACAGUAAGACGACGUGCAGUGCGCAAGACCCAGGUCCGUAGCUCAAAGGUCAAGGUCACACUUAGACGUUAAAGGAUAGUGCAUUGAUGGGCGUGUCCGGUCCAUAUCUUUGUCAUCGAUGGAUGGAUUUUCAAAUAACUUGGCAUGAAUGUGUACCACAGUAAGACGACGUGCUGUGCGCAAGACCCAGGUCCGUAGCUCAAAGGUCAAGGUCACACUUAGACGUUAAAGGAUAGUGCAUUGAUGGGCGUGUCCGGUCCAUAUCUUUGUCAUCGAUGGAUGGAUUUUCAAAUAACUUGGCAUGAAUGUGUACCACAGUAAGACGACGUGAAGUGCGCAAGACCCAGGUCCGUAGCUCAAAGGUCAAGGUCACACUUAGACGUUAAAGGAUAGUGCAUUGAUGGGCGUGUCCGGUCCAUAUCUUUGUCAUCGAUGGAUGGAUUUUCAAAUAACUUGGCAUGAAUGUGUACCACAGUAAGACGAUGUGUCCUGCGCAAGACCCAGGUUCGUAGCUCAAAGGUCAAGGUCACACUUAGAUGUUAAAGGAUAGUGCAUUGAUGGGCGUGUCCGGUCCAUAUCUUUGUCAUCGAUGGAUGGAUUUUCAAAUAACUUGGCAUGAAUGUGUACCACAGUAAGACGACGUGUCACACGCAAGACCCAGGUCCGUAGCUCAAAGGUCAAGGUCACACUUAGACGUUAAAGGUCAUUUUUCAUGAUAGUGCAUUGAUGGGCAUGUCCGGUCCAUAUCUUUGUCAUUCAUGCAUGGAUUUUAAAAUAACUAUGCAUGAAUGUGUGACACAGUAAGACGAUGUGUCACGCGCAAGACCCAGCUCUGUAGGUCAAAGGUCCUAAACUCUAACAUCGGCCAUAACUAUUCAUUCAAGGUGCCAUCGGGGGCAUGUGUCAUCCUACGGAGACAGCUCUUGUUUUGUAUGGGGGGUAACAUGUUCAUUGUAACAGUUUCUCUGGUAAGGAGUGUAGCAUUUCAGUGGUUGGAUUUGUAGUACGGAGUGUAACAUUUUGAAAGUGGGAUGAUUUUUCACUGAUUCUUUUUUUUUUUUGAGAUGACAAACAGGUAAAUGUUUACUUUAGUAGGAAGUUUUUAUUCUUUAUAUGGAUAAAAAGUACCCAAAAAAUUUCCGUUACAAAUUAUGCUUGACAUUCAAGUGACUGCAGCGUCACUUUAUGACUCCGACACAUUUCUGUGGAUUGGGGGGUGCCAUUGGGGACAUGGUUGACUGUAUAGAAAGUGUUAUUUGUAAGUGAAUAAAAUCUGUUGUUAUUCAAAGCUAAAAUGAAAAGUUAGUUAUUGUGUUCAAUACUAUUGUUAUAUUCAUUGUAUUGUGGAUAGAACAUCAUAAAAUGCUAUGAAACAGUAAAUAAAAUGCAUGCAAAAGGUUAAAA